AUGAGUCUCGCCGUCCCGGAUUCAGCGCCGGGAGCGCUCGACAAGAUCGACAAGAUCACCAGCGCCGACGAUAUCACCGCCGUGCCCAACAAGGAACGCGACCUUCCAGAUGCAGGCUUGAGGAGUUUAGACCACUACAAGAAAGCGCUCCCACAUUGGCGUUAUGCGAUCCGGCAGUUCCUCCUCCCUAUUGUGCGAUGGGAGACACCCUACCUAGCAUAUUUCCAGGGGGCGGUUCGGACCCCCUUCCUCGAUAGCUACUUUGCGAUCUCGGCGAACCUCGGCACCCAUACUUUCUACAUGGUUGGCCUUCCAUUGCUGUUCUGGUGCGGUUAUGCGUCGUACGGAAAGGCGCUCGUCCACGUCCUCGCCUCGGGCGUCUUCUUCACUGGUUUCGUCAAGGAUAUGCUCUCGCUCCCCGACCCCUAUCUCCCCGCUACACCGAAUCACUAUGACGGGUUAUGCCGCUCUCGAGUACGGCUUCCCGUCAACGCACAGCGCCAAUGCUGUUCCGGCCUCGAGUUUCUCUCCUACUUUUACGCGUUUUCCAUCAUCAUUGGCCGACUCUACUGUGGUAUGCAUGGCUUCUUGGACGUCAUCUUUGGAUCGGUUCUUGGCCUCAUCAUCGGCGUGGCCGAAUUUUACUAUGGCCCCGCCUUGGACCUGUACAUGUACAACACCGCCUGGCUUGGCCCGGUACUGGCGACCUUGGUCAUUGUUAUCCUCGUAAGAGUACACCCAGAACCUGCCGACGAUUGCCCUUGCUUUGACGAUAGCGUCGCCUUUGCCGGUGUCGUCAUCGGCGUCGAGUGCGGUUCCUGGACCUAUGGCCGCACGGCCUGGGAUCCCUUCAUCGGCCAUGCCCAUGGUCUGCAGUCCAUGGACGUUUCAAAACUAGCCUGGCCCGUCCUGGUAGCCCGCCUUGUUCUCGGUGUCGCCAUCAUCUUCGCCUGGCGGGAAGUUACCAAGCCUGCCCUGCUCAAGAGCCUCCCGCACAUCUUCCGCUUUUUCACGCGGGCGGGUCUCAUCCUCCCACGACGCUUCUUCAACCCGGCAUCCCAGUACAAGACCGUGCCGCCCAAGUUGCGUCUUGACAAUGUAUUUCCGGCCGUCUCUGACAUUCCCAGGGUAGUGGAGAGCAUGCGCCAUGCGAACAGUCGCGGUCGCUCCGUGUCGAUUGGCCCGCAGAGUGCUGCUGAUGCGUACGAGACGCUUGCCUAUCGGGAGCGCAGGAGGAAGGAGAGCAUUGGCAGCAACGGCAGCAUCCGGAGCAAGUCGAGCCUCACAGACCUCAAGGAAGGUGCUGCCGCCGCCGCCGCCGGCUCCAACACUUCGGCCAUCAUUGAUGAAGGGCCGGCUGCCAAGACGAGCGGCGUCGAGACGAGGCAGAGCUUGUUGAAGCAGUACGAGAGCAUGAUGGGCGAGGGCGAGGUGCUUGUAUCUCGACCGGGUGAAGACGGAAAGAGGGACGUGUAUGCGCUGCGAGGCGUCGACGGGCUUGACGAAACCGAGAUGUUCUCCAGGCUCGUGAGGCCCCGAGUACGGUACGACGUCGAGGUCGUGACCAAACUGGUCGUCUAUACAGCCCCGGAGCUCACCCGGCCGACCUCUACUCUAAGAGAUGUCGUCCCAGGCACUCUCGGCGCCUGCGCCCAUGGACGUCGCCAGCCCCGAUUCGCCCCCACCCGAGUGCGCUUCGAUGUCGAUCCCCAAGCGAUCGAAGAUGAUGCGAGCGCCGCUGCCACCGUCGACGACAAGGAAGAGCUCGCCGAAAUACAAUGCGCAAAGCCACAGACUCAUCGCAACUCGCCAAAACCUGUUAGCGCGACACCGGCAGCGGAUGCGGACGACUCUGAGUUAAGCGAGCUCGACGAUAACAUCCUCGAUAUUAACAUGUCGGAUGCCCCGAUGCCUGCCCCAGAAGAGCCCCCGUCGAAGAUAUUGGUGAAGUUGUACCGGACCACUGGUCUGGGACGGUCCCCGUGUUCAAGCCGGACAUGCGCCAGUUCAAAGACUUUAAACUCUUCGUAUGCGCCUCAUGCCCUUCUCAUCCUACUCUGCCCCGCUCGUGGUAGGAUGGAGAAAGUCGAUUCGUACGGAAUGAAAUCUGGAAUUAUCAAGAUUAUCCCGCCCGCGGAAUGGAAAGACGCCCAACCGGGUCUCGACGAAAUGGUGAAGCAGAUCCGAGUUCGCGAGCCGAUCAAGCAAGAGAUUAUGGGUUCCGGAGGAGCCUAUCGCCAAGUCAAUUUCCUUCACGGCCGAUCAUACACCCUCCGGCAAUGGAGGGACCUCUGCGAACAGAGCGAACACCAGCCGCCCGCCCGUCGAGGCGAGCGACGAAUGAAUAGGGAACGCCCCAAACCCGCGCCCCGACCGAAACCGGCACCCAAGGUCAAGAAGGAAGACGAGAAUGCCACCCCGACGAAGAAGCGCGGCCGCGGCCGCCCGCCCAAGAAGAAGAACACUAGCCAAAACGACGCGCCCAAGGAAACACCAUCAACGUCUGCUCGUCGCAAGUACAGCCGCCGUGAGGGCUCCGUGAUGAUUGACGAGGAACAUUUCAAGGACUUUGACUACCGGAUGGAUGUGUCCGACUUCACAGCCGAGCGUUGCGAGGAUCUCGAGCGAAUCUACUGGAAGACGCUGACGUACGCGCCUCCCCUCUAUGGCGCUGACCUCAUGGGGACUUUGUUUGAUGAUAGUACGGAAAUAUGGAACUUGAACAAGCUCCCCAACUUACUGGACGUCAUGGGUACAAAGGUACCUGGGGUCAACACUGCAUAUCUCUAUCUGGGUAUGUGGAAGGCUACCUUUGCCUGGCAUCUCGAGGAUGUGGAUCUAUACAGCAUCAACUACCUCCACUUUGGCGCCCCCAAACAGUGGUACAGUAUAUCCCAAGCCGACGCCCGGCGCUUCGAAGCUGCUAUGAGGAGCAUCUGGCCCACCGAAGGGAAGGCUUGCGACCAGUUCCUUCGACACAAGUCCUUCCUCAUAUCGCCCUCUCACCUUCUCAACCACUUUAAUAUCAAAGUCAACAAGUGCGUGUCGUACCCUGGCGAAUUCGUUGUGACCUACCCGUACGGUUACCAUUCUGGGUAUAAUCUAGGUUACAACUGUGCUGAAGCCGUCAACUUUGCACUCGACUCGUGGCUCCCUAUGGGAAAGAUUGCCAAGAAGUGUGAAUGUGCCUUGGCCCAAGACAGCGUUUGGGUCGACGUGUAUGAUAUAGAGAGGAGGCUCCGGGGCGAGGAGACGGAAUACGAGGAGACGGAAGACGAUGAUGACGGGGAAGAAGAUGACGACCCGUCCACCCUCCCCACGCCACCCGACACAACAUCCCCGAUGGUCAAGGCCCGCGGCCGUAAACGGAAGCGAGAGGCGGGCGGGAAGAGGGAACCGAAACCCAAAAAGAUCCGUUUACGCCCCAAGACCAAAGAGGAGCCACCCUGUAUUCUGUGCCCUCACGAUAUUCCAGGAUUGGAGAUUCUGCCAACCGAGACUGGGCAGCAAGCGCAUCGUAUGUGUGCUCUUUAUCUACGAGACACGUACGUCGAGACGGUGGAUGGCGUCGAGAAGGUCAUGAACACAGCUGCUAUCGUCAAGGACCGCAAAGACCUGAGGUCGGCGGGCGUGUUUGUGGAAGAGGGCGAGGUGCCCGUGUUCGGAGAAGACGGGACCGAGUACAAGGAGCAGACCUUCGAGUUUAGCUGUCGUUUCCACAGGACCAAGCGCGAUAGGCGUGUGACCGGUGCUCAGCUUGAGGUGGAUGAGCGCAUCGUCAAAGCGGCCAAAGCCCUCAAGCCCGGCGACAUUUGCCAGGUGCAGUACUUCAAGGGCGAUAUAUUUGCUGGCAUGGUAAUAGAAAAUCGGCAAGAGGAAGAGACACUCUUGCUCAACAUUCUUCCCAAGGGCGAUCGCAUCGAAACCGAAUGGAAGUGGCUCCUUCUCCCCGAUCCCAGCGAUUACCAUCUUCCCAAGGCAUCGGCAAAUGCUAUCCCAAUGCCGUCUUCGCAAAAGGCUAAGCAGAAACUAAAUGUGAAGCGUGCCGUGGACGACGCCCCACGCAAAGAUAUGCCCUUUGUCGAUGGCUAUACCUGGGCGGAGUUUACCGCCUUUGAGCCGCUGGGAUCUACAGGCGUCAAAUCGGAUCUUUCCAAACCGGAAGCACUAUGGCAUUAUCUGGGCGAGACAUCGACCGACGCCAAGGCACAGUAUACCGAAGACGUGGCUCGGCGGCUGCACAACCCCAAGAGCAACUUUUUAGACACGAUUCCCAAACCACCCAAGCCCGUCAAGGUGGCCGCCCCUGCGCCUAGCGCGGCGCCAUCCGGAGCUGGUUCACGAGUUUAUGCGUAUAAGCCCAAGGCUCCCCAGACCAUUGCUGGGGCAAGUGGUGUACCGCAGCACCCUCACCUUUACGCACCCGCCCCCAAGCUGGCGUCGCGCCGGCGCCCCAUGCUCGAGGAGAUGGCCGACUUGUAA